AUGGCGAGACUGCAGGCAAAAUUCUUGUUGUUUCUAGUAAUAUUCCAAGAGAUUUUCUGUGUCCAUUACUGGAAGCUCAGCGAUGACAAGAAGAAAAUCGAAGCUGUGCCAGAUUCGCCUUAUACGCUAUCCUAUCCAGGAUCGUUGGUGGAUUUCCUUCGCCAAGUUGACAGUGUAAAGAAGUUUGGAAAAACAUAUGUCGAACUGAGCAAUGUACUUGUGAGUGAUUUUACUUUCUGGUUUCUUUUUGGACCUCGUCAACUUCUGCAUCGCAAAAUCUUCGAAAAAAAAAUCUCGAACGGAUGGUCACUUUUUUGUUUGGUACCUUUUCCGCUAUUUUUCAAAAAAAAAAGACUCAAAUAUUUAAUUGCUGAAUUCACAGCAAGACGAAAUUCGGAACAUUCGGGUAGGCAUGCAAAACCACAUGUCGUCAAUGUCCUUGUCAGUGAGCUCAACGAAGUUAUGGGGAACUAUUUCUGA